AUGGAGGCGGACUGGAACGAGCUGUUACGAAUUCCGCUUCCCCCUCCGAAUCCGCAUGGGCUUCCGACCGUUGCGACAACCAUUGCUUUUGACGAUGUGUCGGAACUUUUGUGGGCGGGGAACGAAUAUGGCCGGAUUACCUCGUUCUAUGGCCCCGAGCUGCAGAGGUACACCUCCGUUCGUGCCCAUCCCGUCGCCGAAGGGCCGGUGCGACAAAUAUUAUUCCACGAGAGGGGAGUUAUAUCUAUUUCAUCGAGGAGUGUGCACAUGAUUACACGGCGUGGUCUGACACAAUGGCACAUCACCCACGAUGAGAUCACGGACCUUCGCUGUAUGAGCUUCACGGCUCAGACAAACAAAAUUAUAGUUGCGGGAUGCCAGAAGGCAAUGUUUACCAUCGACAUUGACAAAGGAACUAUUGUCGAUAAGCUCCGGACUGAACACAACUAUGUCUUGAUGAAGAGAAGCCGCUACCUGUGUGCUGCGACAGAUACAGGUUCUGUCAAUGCGUUAAGCCUGACGGACUUUAGCGUCGUAAAGUCCUGGAAGGCUCAUGGGGCGGCGGUCAAUGACAUGGAUGCCAGGGGCGAUCUUUUAGUAACUUGUGGCUUCUCAAUCAGACAAACGGGUUCUCCCAUUGUCGAUCCACUGGCGAACGUGUAUGAUUUAAAAACGCUAUCUCCAUUACCCCCUAUUCCGUUCCACGCGGGGGCUGCAUAUGUUCGUAUGCAUCCAAAGCUACAGACAACAAGUUUUGUUGCAUCUCAGAGUGGACAGCUUCAAGUUGUGGACUUGAUGAAUCCGAACGCAUUCAAGCUCCGCCAAGCCACUGUCUCCUUCAUGCUAGGUAUAGAAAUCUCGCCAUCCGGAGAGGCACUGGCCAUCAAUGAUGCAGAAUGCUUCAUCCAGCUUUGGGGUUCUCCGGCGAAAAUCCACUUCAACGAAAUGAGCAAGGAAGUUGAAUUUGCAGACGUCACUCCGCGGCCGCCCCAGGUUGACUGGUCGCCAGAGAUACCUUUGAAUGUGAUUGGUAUGCCGUACUACCACGAACGGCUGUUAUCCGCAUGGCCAAGCCAUCUCUUGUUCGAGGUCGGCAGUCCGCCAGCUCCUAUAGAUCCAUCAAUAGUCCCCUAUCUUCGCUCUGGGGAGAUGGGUCAAUACGCAGCGAACCCGAAGAAAACCCGAAGAUACCAAGUUGAAAACACUCGCGCAUUAGCCUCUACGGAACCAACACUGAUUGCGCCGAAAUUCCUGAGCGAAAAGGCCAGAGAGCAGAGCAAGAAGGCAGAUGACCCUGUCGGAGAUACCGCUGCGUCCCUUGCUGGCGCAAGGAUUAGCGGAGAGUCAGAAGAUGAUCCUCUUCUGAAGUACAGCAACGUUGAAAUCAAGUAUAGUAGAUUUGGAGUGGAUGACUUUGAUUUCAGAUUCUAUAAUCAGACUUGUUUCUCCGGGUUGGAGACGCAUAUUGCGAACUCCUUUACUAAUUCCCUCCUUCAACUCCUCAAGUUCAUUCCUCUGAUACGGAACAUUGCUCUUCACCAUGCUGCGACGUCAUGUAUAGCUGAAAGCUGUCUGCUUUGUGAGAUGGGUUAUCUCUUCGAUAUGCUUGAAAAGGCCAACGGACAAAAUUGCCAAGCUACAAAUCUGCUCAAAACCUUCAGUAGCUUCCGCGAAGCUUCAAAUCUUGGUCUACUGGAAGAAAACCUCACAAACAAGUCGCUGUCAUCGGCGAUUCAGGCUGUGAACAGGUUCUUUCUUGGGCAGAUCGCGCAGGACUACCGUAGAAUCGCUCCAAACUCGGAAGAAUUGGAUAUGAGACUGGCAACCAUCGCGUCAGAGUCGAUACGGUGCAUGUUCUGUCAGAACGAGAUUGUGAGGCCUGGGAAUACACUCGUCAACGAGCUUAUGUACCCCGCAAUCGAUAUGAAGCAAGCUCGUAGGAACCAUACAUUACGAUUCUCGAAUAUCUUGAGGGCGAGCAUUGAACGAGAGGCGCAGAACCGGGGAUGGUGCCACAUUUGCCGGCGAUAUCAACAAUCUGUCAUGCGGAAAACAGCGCACCGCAUGCCACAUGUGCUGAUGCUUAAUGCUGCAAUAAAUAGCCCUGCUUGCCGACGUCUCUGGACAAUUCCUGGGUGGCUGCCAGAGGAAAUUGGAAUCGUCCUUGAAGGUGGUCAGGUUCUCUGCUUUGAAGGGGAAGAUCUGAGGAUGCGCAUACAGGGACAAAUGCCUGGGCUAAUCAUCUAUGACCUGGUUGGGUUGGUUGCAGAAAUUAACAUACCGGAGCAUCAGAAGGCGCAUCUAGUAUCGUUUAUCAAUGUCUCCGUUUCGUCUCGUGAGCGGGAGACCCGGAGUAAAUGGCACCUUUUUAAUGACUUCUUGGUCACAGAAGUGGACAAGGAAGAAGCUCUGCGAUUCAACCAGUCGUGGAAGUCACCAUGUGUGCUGGCUUUUCAGGUCAGAGAUGCGCGGCAUAUGGUCGAUGAUACAUGGAAGAACUUCUUGGACACGACUCUGCUUUUCCGUGACUGGUCCCUGAAUAAUGGGCGCCCCGUCGAAUCGCGUGUUAUGCUUUCUGACGAGGAGAAACCAACACCUGGAACUCCGGUUGCUCUCGACACCGAGUUUGUCGACCUCGAAAAGGCUGAAAUAAACGUCAAAGCCGACGGCUCGCAGGAAAUCGUGCGGCCGAGCAAGAGCGGACUUGCCAGGGUGUCAGUCCUUCGAGGCUCUGGGGAGCGAGAAGGCGUUCCUUUCAUUGAUGAUUAUAUCUCUGUUAAAGAGCCCAUUGUUGACUAUGUAACGCAAUAUUCUGGCAUCAAACCAGGUGAUUUGGAUCCGCGGACCAGCCCACACAACAUUGUGCCACUUAAGGUUGCAUACAAAAAGCUGUGGUUACUCCUCAACCUCGGCUGCGUGUUCGUUGGUCAUGGGUUGGCAUCGGACUUCCGAAAAGUCAAUAUCCAAGUCCCUAAGAAGCAAACUGUGGAUACACAAUACUUGUUCUUCCACCCCUCAAAGAACCGACGGCUCAGUCUCCGGUAUCUUGCGUGGGCUGUGUUUAAAGAAUACAUACAAGAAGAACCAGCCGACAGCAACCAGGGCCAUGACUCAAUCGAGGACGCACGCAUGGCUCUGCGCCUAUGGAAGAAGUUCCAAGAGUACGAGGACGCCGGUAUUGUGGGACAAAUCCUGGAAGAAAUCUUCCGCGAGGGCUCAAAAUUGGGAUUCCGACCGCCGCCUCGCAACGGCGUAACUACAGUGCUUUCUCGGCCCGGAACGGCCGUGACAAUGCAGAACAACAGCGGCCGCAACACACCCAGUACACCUGAUGUCGGUGCUGCGGCGAGCGCACCUACGACCCCGCGACAGGCGUUCCGACGGUCUAUUGCGUUGACACCGAGCAACGGCACAUUCUCUGGACCUGGAUCGGGGGAGUUCUUUACCGGGAGUCCACUGAAGUAAAACUCUGCCCUAGCCUGUAUGGAGUGAACGCACCCUAAGUACCUGAAACGAUCUAAGAAUGAUUGGCUGCCAUUGGAGGCAGAUGCAUUGGUCGAUAGAACUUAUCAUUAAGAAUUGAUUCUACUUUUUCUC